AUGGCUAUCUACAGUGCCGUGCCGCCGCCGCCAGAGCCUCAUGGCACCGCGAGCGAAUCUCAAGCGCAGGCGGAUUCCCAUCAAUCGCAAAGUCCGAGUCCCGGCGCUUCGACGGCUCCCGUAGAUAUUGAAGCAUGGGCCGUAUCGGCACUUGAAUCGCUGAGCGUCUCGCCCACGGCCCGGGGCACAACCCCACUCACGAUCCCGCUCGACGACCAUGGCCACAGUGCCGUGAAGCCCUCCGUGAGGGUACAUGAGCCCAACAGAUCGACCGACGCUAUCACGCCGCCGCGCCGACCCCCUUCUCGCCGUGACAGCAUGAAGCGUCGCGACGCCUUGUUGAAAGGCAAGGAGGGCACCCGGCAGCGACGGCGUUGGGAGAAUGAUCGCUUAAUGCACGUCCCGAAUGUCCAACCACCCGAGCCCAUUGACUACGAACCGCGACCUACCCACCCCGUCCAAUACGUACCCUACCAGGUGGCUGCCAUAUGGGAUAGCCGUCUGCGCAGCGAUGUAGAAGCCAAGAAAGCUGCCGCGGCCCGCCGAAAGCAGAUGCAGACUCAGACCCUGGGAGACGAGAAUGUACAUGGCCGUGUACCCCGCGAGCUAUUCGUCCGGGCCAAGAAAAUCCCCGCUGUCAAAACCUGGGUUCGUUCGCUUGAGGAGCCUGUCCGGAAGUUCCUCAUUGACCGCGACGUUGCCAAGUUGGCCGACACGGAUAGCGAUGAUACCGAGGACGAAGAAAUUGUCUUCGUCGGCCGCAACGGCUCCAUGAGAGAUGGCUGGAAGAAGGCAAGACGUGAAGGCCACAAAGACGAAACUGGUAUGCUAUUCGAUGCUCUGGGGGAAGAUGACGAGAAAAGUGCAUUCAAGCGAUGGCUCACCCACUCCAUAUCUGAUUAUUACGGCCUGGACUCGUGCUCCGUUUUCACUGGCACUCCAUCACGUAAGGUAGUCUACUUAUGGGGUAACCCAUGGGUCGAGACGGCGAGAUUGUAG